UCGUCGAAAAUGUGGGAUUUCGCCGCUUAAUUGAGCAUUUGGAGCCAAGGUACUGUUUGCCAGGUCGUAAAUAUAUCUCAGAAACUGCGCUACCCAAAUUAUAUGAGACAGUUAGGGAACACAUUUCGUGUAUGCUGAAAGACGUGCAUGCAAUCAGCUUUACCACGGACAUUUGGAGCUCCGACGUGUGCCCCAUGUCUUUGCUAAGUUUAACAUCACACUGGGUGGACAGAGAGUCAAAAUUUACCCCUCGAAGUGCGGUGCUGCACGCCAACGAGUUCCGAGGGUCACAUACUGGCACAUUAAUUGCCAAAGCAAUUGAGGGGAUGCUAGUAAAGUGGAAAAUCCCCAAGUCCAAAGUUCAUGUUGUUUUGCGCGACAACGCUAGCAACAUGAAGAAAGCCAUGGACGAGAUGGAUGUACCGAGUUUGGGAUGCUUCGCCCACACUCUCCAGCUAGUGGUGCAUGAAGGGUUACUGUCACAGAGAAGUGUGAGUGAUGCACUGGCGAAUGGUAGGAAGUUAGUAGGGCAUUUCAAACACUCGCCACUGGCUACUACACGCCUGGAAGAUAUUCAAAAAGAUCUCCAAAUGCCCACCAAACGUCUGCACCAAGACAUAGCAACGAGGUGGAACAGUACCUACUAUAUGGUUGAGAGUUUACUGGAGCAGAAACGGUCAAUUUCAGCAUAUGGAGCUGACCACGACCUGCCAGUGACCCUUACAGCUAACCAGUGGGCUUUACUGGAGAAAAUAAUCAUUGUUCUGGCACCAUUUGAAGAACUGACCAGACAGAUUAGCUCCUCUACCUCUUCUGCAGCUGAAGUCAUCCCCUCAGUUACAGUGCUGAAACGCCUGCUUGCUCGGGAGAACGAGGGGGACACGGGUAUAAAAACCAUGAAAACAACCCUUCUUGAGGCUGUCCAGAAAAGAUUCAGAACCACUGAGAAUGAGCCCUUGUAUGCAGUUGCCACUCUUUUAGACCCACGAUUCAAAGACAGAUACUUCACAGGAGCAGACAGCAUCAAGCAAGCCAAGGAUGCUCUGACCCAAGAGGUGGAGAAGAUGGAGGCAUUACUGAGCAGGACCACACCUGAGGGAGCAGAGACAGUGCCAGAAAACCCCCAUAAAGCUCCACGUAUGGAAGCACAGCCAGACAGCAGUAGCAGCAGAAAGAGCAGCUUGAAAGGCCUGUUUGAGGAAAUCCUGCAGGAGCAUGAUGAGGAACGUGGGGCAAGUAGCACAAGCACACAAGUUCAAAAUCAAAUACAAACAUAUUUGACAGAGCAAACAGUCCCACGCUCAGACAGCCCAUUCCAGUACUGGGGAGUCAACCAAAUUCGGUUUCCCACCCUGGCUGCCACAGCUGCAAAGUUUCUCUGUGCUCCUUGUACCAGUGUUGACAGCGAGAGACUGUUCAGUGCAGCGUCCAACAUUGUUGAUGCAAGAAGGAACAGGCUAGGAGGAGAGAGGGCAGAAAUGCUUAUCUUCUUGAAGAAGAAUCUGCCUUUGCUCUUGAAAUUAUGA